AUGGGUUUGCGGGGCCCCAUGCCGCUGGUGGUGGUGCUGCUGGUGUGCGUGGUGCUGGGGAAGUCUGGAUCCCGUGAGGAAAGCCAGGCGUCAGGUCUCAAGAACACCACAAACAAGCUCCUCUCAGUGCCGUGUGGCCGCCGGAAGGACAUCCAGUCACUGAUAGUGGGCGGAACAGAAUCCGUGCAAGGGCGCUGGCCAUGGCAAGCCAGCCUGCGCUGGAAGAAGUCCCACCACUGUGGAGGGAGCCUUCUCAGCCACCGAUGGGUGCUCACUGCCGCACACUGCGUUAGAAAGCACCUUGAUCCAGGAAAGUGGAGCGUCCAGCUUGGGCAGCUUACUUCCAAGCCUUCUCUCUGGAACAGGAAGGCCUAUUCUGGCCGGUACAGGGUAAAGGACAUCAUUGUAAACUACAAAGACACAAUGAAGUUUCAUGACCUGGCCCUGCUGAGGCUGACUUCCUCAGUCACCUAUAACAAGGACAUCCAGCCCAUCUGUGUCCAGCCCUCCACCUUCACGUUCCAGCACUGGCCCAGCUGCUGGGUGGCCGGCUGGGGAGUCCUUGAGGAGAGCAUGAAACCGCUGCCACCACCCUACCACCUCCGAGAAGUGCAGGUCAUCAUCCUAAACAGGAGCAGGUGCCACGAACUGUUCAAGAUUACUUCUCUCCACCCCUUUAUCAGCAGUGACAUGUUUUGUGCUGGUACUGAGGAUGGCAGUGCAGACACCUGCAGUGGUGACUCAGGAGGACCCUUGGUCUGCAUCAUGGACGGUCUCUGGUAUCAGAUUGGAAUCGUGAGCUGGGGAAUAGGCUGUGGGCGGCCCAACCUGCCUGGCCUCUACACCAACGUGAGUCAGCACUACAGCUGGAUCCAGACCAUGAUGACCCUCAACAGUGCAGUCAGACCUGAUCUGGUGCUACUGCUGCUGUCCCUUACUCUGCUCCAGGCUCCCUGGCUUCUGAGGCCCACCUGA